CGCGCCGCGAUGUAGUUGAAAGAAUUUUUAAAUAAUAUUAAUACUGUUUGAUUUUAAUUUUUUAACUUUUUGUAUCUGUAUUUUACGACGACCACUUAUCUUUUAACAAUGAAGAUGAAAGCUGACGCAAAGAAAUUAUUUGAUGCAUUUGAAACUCAAGACUUUUCAACACUGAUUGACUUGUCCGCUCAAAAUAAAUCCAAAAAAGUUCCUUUUACAUUUAAUGCUACUUUGAAGACACUAAAGGAAGAAGAAUUAGAACGUCUUUGGAAGCUGAUAACAGAUGUGGUUAUUGCACUGUCUGAUUCUGCCUUUGAAACUAACCAAGACACGCACCAUGACCCUCCUCCUGACGAAGAAGUUGAUACAACUCGACAAGUCAUUGUAGCUGCUUUAGAUAUUGUUUCAGUUGCAUUUGAACUGGAGUACCCAAUUUCAAAUUCUUUACUACAUUUAGCCAUAUAUUUAAAUGGCAUCAUAUUUCAGAUCCCAAAUCAUUUUGAAGGGUUGAAAAAUAGUAUUGCUCAGUUUUGUGAGAAAGUUUAUCAUCAUACUCAUUUGAAAGAAAGAAGUCAGUACUUCCUGUAUAAUACUAUUGCAUAUUUGCUGAUUCGCUCACUAAAUUCAAAAGCAACAAAAACUGACGUGAAAAGGGUUUGUGCACUGCGAACAAUAUUUCCGACGGUGUUGGCUAUGAAUGAAGUUGAUAAAAAAGAAAUUGUCAAUCUUUUGAAGAAGUGUGCUGUCAACAAAUUGUACCUUCAGAUGCCUGAAGGAAUGAAAGUGAUAUCUCUCUCAUUGACCUUAGAUGUAAUGUAUAUUAUUGAAAUUCAUGCUGCAAUCAAGUCCCGCUUAACUUCUUGUACUGCAAAAAUGGCCACAUCAUUUGGAAAAAUAUAUUUUAAUGCAUGGUCUUUUGCUGUGAAAAGUAACGCUGAAGAUUUAAAAAAUGUUUUGGAAAUCAGUUGCAUAGAAGAUCUUGUGUUGCUGGGCGUCAAUGCAAAGCACAACAAGACCUUACUAACAAAUGUUCGAAAGUUGAUGAACCAAAUACAUUUACAUAAAAAGGAAACUUAUGUCACCUUCAUGCUUUAUAAUUUGUAUCAACCGUUGCUUUGGCGAUACUUGAGAAACUACGAUCCUAGAACUCGUGCAAAUGCUACCCAGUUAUUUCUUGAUGUUUUUCCAAUUGCCAAUCCUGACAUGGGUGUUGUUGCAACUGAUCUUCAUUUAAAUGAACAACUGCUCAUGAUCAAGGACCUUUUGAUUGAUGAAGUUGCUGAUGUUCGUGUUGUAACUGUUAUUGGACUUUGCAUUGCAAUGAGUGUGAAUUGGGAAUUAUUUCCUGAAGAGAUUUUGAAGACUUACUUUAAGAUUAUUAUUGAAGACCUUUGCUAUGAUUCCUCUUCAGCUGAGGUUAGAUGUGCAGUUGCUAAGGGCAUUAAAGUUCUUAUGGAAAAUCCUUUAACAUAUCCUACUUUGCAACGGAUUUUGCCGAAAUUUCAUGGCUUAUUUCAUGAUGUGUCAGAUACUGUACGUGUCGCUUUCUGCCAAGUUCUGAUGCGUGUGAAACGAAUUUCUUCCAUAAAGUAUUUCAACAUUGUUGAACCAGAUCACCUCUUAAUACGUUUAGAAGAUGACUGCCAUGCUGUUUCCAAAGCAAUUGUAAAUUUACUUAGCAACAGUUACUUUCCCAAAAAUACUGAAUUUGAUGAAUGCAUGUUUAGCCUGGUCAAUACUACCAUUAAAUCACAUAUUAUCAAUUUCUUAGCUAUCAAGGCUCAGGCCAUUGUUUUAAUUUGUUAUGGAUGA